UGCACAACCUGUUCCCCCCUCUUUCUGCACACCAGUCCACUUUACAAACUUGAGCCAUUUUAUCCUUCGCCUCGUUGUCUUCCUGUUAGCCCAAACAUUAGUCAACGCCCCAUUUUACUCCAAUCUGCGGGUGUUCGUUUAGUUCUGAAGUGCAGUGCCUCUCUCCGGGUGGUUUGGCACCUUCGCCUGCCAACGCCACUUGAUGCUCUCAAGCCUUACGUUGUGUCCUUUGCGUCCUUUCGUCCCGGAAGCAUCUUUCUGCCCGAUGCUCUAGACGCAAAAAUGCCAACUCAACUCGCAACCCGAGAGGCUUUACGGUUUUCGCACUGCAUGUACACACGUGCAUGUGCUGGUGGUACACAUGGUCAGUCUAGUCGGCCAGGCCAGUCUCCCUCGUCUGGCCGGCUCCGGCCUGGCUUAGUCUGUCUUUUGUCAAUCAACCAACUCAAGAGGGAGAGCCCUCGGCAGACCGCUUUUCAAAACGAACCACUGAAACACAAACUCUUCUGGGAACAGCAUUUUAUGUGCUGCCUUGACAGUUCUUAUGGUGAUAGGCAAAAGUUGCCAUAA